GAAAAUGUUGGAAAAUGAGAUGGUGUUUGAAAUUUCCGCAUUCGUACUCGAUAUGAAACUUUAAAGGAGUUCCAUGAUUUAUUUCGCCGCACCAUCUGUGGCCCGAUAAAAAACGUAUUCGUCCAAUCAUGCAAGUGUAAUUUUCCUGACUUACAGUUCGGUUGCGGUGACGAAUGAGAUUACUUUCGUUUGAUCUUUCCUUCCAAGAAAUCAGAUUGGUGUUAUAUAUGUACUUACGUUCGCGAAUCGCGUUUCAAUCGCAGAACUCAUCCGUAUUUAUUGCCGUGUGAUAGGCGGGCUAGUAUCGAUCGAUCUGCCAAUUGCGAUAUAUACAGCACGAGUAGUUUAUUUAGAAAGGUAAACCAAACGAUAAGCGAUGAGCUGUAUGUGCCAUUAUAUCGAUUACGAGGAUAUUAUAUUUAAUAAAAUAAUAAAUCGUGCUAAAUGUCAAUAUGCUAUAAACACGAAAUUUAUGUGUAAAUAUAAAGGAUGUUAUAAUUAAUGUAAAAGAUAAUGUUAUUAUUUAAAGUAAAAUGUAGUUUCUGAAAUGAAACGACAGGUUCUAUCUGUACUCGGCGAACUAGCCCGUCAGGAUCAAUGAAAUCACCGGAAUUAUGUCGAACGACGUCGAGGACUGAAGCUGUUAAGCAAGAUGUUAGGAGACUGAAGAGCGCCACGUUGGAUAGAAUGGGGAAGAUGUUUAGGACGCGCACGUCUGCCGUAGGAAGAUCAUUUUUAGGCUUGGACACCGUAAGUGAUUUGGAUCCUCGGGGCGUCAUGUUUCACAAAUGUAAGGUGCAUCUGGGGACUCGCGACGUUCGAGCUUCAGUAAUAUCUUGUGAUAUAGAUGUGACGCGCGUCGAUGAUUAUGAUGAAAAAGCGUCGAGGAAAGAAAAGACAAACUCUUUGGGAAGGAUGCUUAAGCUUGUUGACAAAGACGGUUCGCCUAGAAAACUUUUUGUUCAUCCACGGGCAGGUUCGCUGAGUCGUAUACUACGUAGGCAUCCUCAUAAUGAGGACAAUGGAAUUAUCGGCAAACCCGCGGAAGACACCGGGCGUGGAAUUCUCUCCAGAAUGCUUAAUCAACUGAGAGGAAAGUAGAGAUUUAGAGAAAUUUGUUAAGCGAAUCUUUAUAUUAGUAGACAGGCGCGAGAACUUGUCGUUGAGAACUCGGACUUUUAUCACUGAUUUAAUUAGUGAUAGAAUCUUAAAUACUUCCCUUUUAAGUAAACUUUAUCUUAUCUAUUUUAUCGAAAAUAUAAUUCCGUAACAUUUAUAAUACUGUUAUAAUACUGUUUGUGAUUUGAAAUUAUAAAAAGCAAAAUUACGUAAACAGUUUAAUGAAACGUUAAUCGCUUGUACUUUAAACAUAAUCGGGUAUAUUUUGAAAUGAGAAAUGAACAUACAUGUUAAUUAUAGGUCGUCCCAUGAGCGGAACUAUGGCCAGGCCUGAUACACACAAGCACAAUAAACUUAAUUCUUCAUUAGACUUGCCAUCAGAAAUGCCAUUAAAUUCGAAGACGACUAACGUUACGUAGGCAUUAUUAGCGUCUAGAGAAUCAGCCCAUCAUCGUUUAACAUCGUUUAACUUGGGAGACAUUUGUAUUAAUCUUGAUUUCAUAUUUUGAGAAAAAUUUUUUUAAUUAUAUGACACUUAAAAUUAUGUAUUAAACACACAGAGAGAGAAAGUGAGAUAAAGAAAGAGAA